GUGUAUGGAAGAUGUCUGGGAUAUUGGAUUGGAUACCCUGGGAAAGAAAGCGGAAGAUUCGAGUGCUGUGUGCCCUGGGUGCGCUGCUGUGCUGCCUGAAGGAUAGUGCAGCUGUUAGAGAUGACGUCCCAAGCUUCACAGAAGAGCCUCUCUCGGUGGUACAGAAACUGGGGGGCAGCGUGACCCUGCACUGCAGCGCCCUGCCCAACUAUGUCAACAUCAGCUGGCAUCUGAACGGCAGAGAGCUGCCAACUGGGGGCGACGAGGAGCUGGGAGUGCUGGUGUGGCCCGGUUCGCUCUACAUCCCCUCCCUUACAAACCUCACCGUGGGCAGAUACCAGUGUAUGGCCACCACCAGUGUCGGGUCCUGCGCUAGCGUGCCGGCCAACGUUACUGCAGCUAAAUUGCGUGAUUUUGAGCCAGAUGACCAGCAGGAGAUUGAGGUAGAUGAAGGGAACACAGCAGUGAUCGAGUGCCAUCUGCCUGAGAGUCAGCCUAAAGCUCAGGUCCGCUACAGUGUCAAACAGGAGUGGCUGGAGACAUCUAAAGGGAAUUACUUGAUCAUGCCAUCAGGAAACCUUCAGAUAGCCAAUGCUACACGGGAUGAUGAGGGUCCUUACAAAUGUGCUGCUUACAAUCCUGUCACCCAGGAAGUAAAAACCUCCAGCUCUACUGAUCGUCUUAGAAUACGUUUACGUUCGACAUCUGAGGCUGCACGCAUCAUCUAUCCACCUGCGUCUCGGUCCAUUAUGGUGAAUAAAGGCCAGAGGCUUGUGCUUGAGUGUGUGGCCAGUGGCAUUCCCACUCCACAUGUCACAUGGGCUAAGGAUGGUCUGGACUUGCGAAAUCAUAACAACACCCGCUUCUUGCUUAGCAACUUGUUGAUUGAUGCAGUAAGCGAGAGCGACUCAGGCACAUACGUGUGUCACGCUGAUAACGGCAUCGACUCUGUGAGUUCUGCUAGGGUGCUGUACGACGUACAGGUGUUUGAGCCUCCCCAGGUACGUGUUGAGCUGCAGCAGCAAGACGUUGCAUGGGGCGACACGGUGCGUUUCAGCUGUCAGGUGAGGGGCAAGCCCACACCCACUGUGGUGUGGCUCCACAACGCUCAGCCUCUGAGCCCGUCACCACGGCAUCGGAUGUCCUCGCAGGUGCUGCGUGUGCUUAAUGUCAGGCCGCAGGACGAUGGCAUGUACCAGUGCAUGGCGGAGAAUGGUGUGGGCAGCUCACAGGCAGCCACAAGACUCCUCACUGUCCCAACAGUUUCAGUGCCCUCAAGAUCAGGCAAGCUGCCCCUGAUUCGACCUCUGAGCCCAGAUAAGGUGUUGCGGGAACAGCCACCCUUGAAGCCCGUGGCCACCAGUGCAGUGUUGCCUUUCGACUGCUCUGAGGUCAGAGUCUCCCCUGCUGAAGCACCAGUCAUCCUGAGUCAGCCACGAACAGGAAAGGCAGACUACUAUGAGCUUACCUGGAAACCCCGUCAUGAUGGAGGAGCUCCUGUGUUGGAGUAUGUCGUCAAGUACAGAAAGGCUGGAGAAUCUCCCGGAGAGUGGACCACUAAUGCCAUUUCAGGCACCCAGCACAAGCUUACACUGACCAAACUGCAGCCUGCUAGCCUCUAUGAAGUGGAGAUGGCUGCUAAGAACUGCGCUGGACUUGGGCAGCCUGCGAUGAUGACUUUUAGAACAGGCAAAUGGCGAAGGGGAGGACCCAUAGGCCCUCCAAAAACACCAGCGGUGCCACCUCGACUUUCGCCUCCAGAAGCUCCAGACAGACCCACUGUCUCCAUGGCCACAGAGACCUCAGCCUAUGUGACGUGGAUCCCUCGUGGGAACCGUGGAUUUCCCAUCCAGUCAUUCCGUGUGGAUUAUAGGAAAUUGAGGAAAGGCAGUGGAGAGUGGGAGGUGGCUGUAAACAACAUCCCUCCCUCUCGCCUGUCAGUCGAGAUAACAGGCCUGGAGAAAGGAACAUCAUACAAGUUCAGAGUCUUGGCCGUUAAUGUGUUGGGAGCGAGUCCACCUAGUGCUCCCUCUAAAGCCUACACAGUGGUGGGCAGCGGUCCACCUAACCGGCGCCCCAUCGAUGGACCCUACAUCACCUACAAUGAAGCCAUCAAUGAGACCACAAUCAUCCUGAAGUGGACGUACACAUCGGUCAAUAACACUCCCAUUUAUGGCUUCUACAUCUUCUACCGACCCACCGAUAGUGACAAUGACAGUGACUACAAAAAGGAUGUAGUGGAAGGUGACCGGUAUUGGCAUUCCAUCACUGACCUACAGCCUGAGACGGCUUAUGACAUUAAGAUGCAGUGUUUCAACGAAGGAGGCGAGAGUGAGUUCGGAAAUGUCGUCAUCAUGGAAACUAAAGCUCGCCCUCACCAGAGGACCACACCUCCAGAGACAGCGUCGUCCAGGCCCGACCAUCCAGGAAACCCCGUUCCCCGGCCUGGUGAUCUGCCUUACCUCAUUGUGGGCGUUGUUCUUGGAGCAUUUGUUUUCAUCAUUGUGGCCUUCAUCCCAAUCUGUCUGUGGAGAGUUUGGGCCAAACAAAAACAAACUUUAGACAUGUGCUUUCCAGCAUUGCCAGCUACAGUUUCUCCAUGCCAGUACACCAUGGUACCACUGCAAGGAUUGGCUCUUGGUCGACCCUAUCCUAUAGGCCCCCACCUGACCCCUGCCCACACUGUCUAUGCUCCUAAAGGAGAAUAUAUUCCCAAUGGGAAACACACUACAUUGCAGCUUCCUGGACACCAGGAGGACGCUGGCUAUGAGUUGGAGUGUGAUGCAUUGUUGCCUCAGAAACUUCCCAAUCCGCAACCACAUAUCCACAAUUACUGUAACGGGGUGCCUGGCUGUCCUGAUGAGGGAUGCUGUGUGCCUGAUGAUUACCCCUUGAAGGACCUUAGUUUAUUGGACCCUAUGCAGCCAUCUCAGAGUCCUGACUCCAUACAGGCCUAUCACUCCCUCACUGAAGCAGUUCACAUAGAAGGGGAGCUCACUGCCGACUUGUCCCUGUUAACAGCAGUUGAUGCGGGUAUAAACGAUGCUGAGCUACACAAAGUGGGAACAACUCAGAACAUGAAACUGCUUGAGGAACAAAGGACACAAGAUCCAAAAGAUGGAUGAAACUGUAGGAAAAAAAGCAAGAAAAAAAAGAAAAUAUUUAUUUUUGUAUUACAGAUGCUAUAUUUAUAUAUUUAUGUAUUUGUACAUAAUACAGUUUUUAGAAUGUGUGUAUAUAUAGGUUGUUUAUAUCAGAUGUAAUAUGAAUUUUGGUAUGUUUGUCUGUUACCACCAGGACAUUUUUAUAAGCAUGCUGUAUAAAUGAUUCUCGUGUGAGAUACGAACAACUUGACACCUCGACACCAUACAUACAGUAUCAGUAAUAAGCUCCAAAUUUUCCACUGGCAAGCAUCUAUUGAUGUCUGAAGUACAGCUAGUGGGAAAUGUAAUGGUUUUAAGGCAUUAUGAUUAUGAUCCAUUCAUUAAGAAUGUUAUAAUGUGCAGUGCUUGGGGACAAUUGACUGUUUAAAAACACUUUGCAUCAAAAAUAUUUGUAGUAUAUGUUCACCUUAUAUGCAUACAUAUUUUAUGCACAGUAUGUUGUAUCCACAUACAUUUAGUGGCUUUAUGGCAUGUAGACUCUACUGUGAGGUUUAAAUACUCGAAUACACACAAAUAAACAGUUUAAGAACCUUUUGAUUGUAACUUGUUUCAGGUGUGUCCUCAGUUUUAAAUAAGGUAUUUUGAGUGGUGUACAUCUUGUCGGUACAGUGUUUUACAGCUUUGUACAUCUGUUACUAAGAUUUACCUAUUUUCAUCUUUAACAAAAAUGUUAACAAAUAUAUGCAAGGUAUAUGCAUUCUGUGUGUAGUAAUAUUGACUAUGAAAAAGAGACCAUUUAUUGUAGGUAUUAAUAAUUUUUUUUUCAGUAGCCUGGAUGUGAGACAUUCUUAAAAUGAACACGCCUACCUGCAAUAUGCUGAUUUUUAUAUUUUAAACUGGUUUGAUGUAGUCUGCUUGUAUAGUUGUACUUUUACUUUUGGAGACCUGCAGUUCUCCUGCAUCAGUAUUAGCUUCUUUCCACUGUUAUAAACAUGAAACAUGAAGGAAAUUAUCAAUCUCCAACAUAUUCUAGAAGUGUAGCUGCAUGGUUACAUGGUUUGAGCACUAUUGCCUGUAAAUAAAGCUAAAG